UCCUGAUGAUGUUGAAACUGUGUCAUUAGCGGAUAAGGAUUGGGGCCAUGAUGCCCAGACUUGUGCCGUGUAUUAGUCUCCGAGAAUGAAAGCCUUCUUAAUUACAGAAAAAGAAAGAGAGGAAACUCUUUGGUACAGCUUAUGACACCGUUUAUCAUUUCAAGAAGCUGCCAUGUCCGUCUUCAAGUUGCUUCAGCUUCCUAGCGCGUAUUGUGCACAACAUUCUGCGCUUCCCAACGCAUCACGGUAAAGCGACGGCAAUAAUUUCUUUUUUCCACACGGGAAGGGAGAGAGAGAGAGAGAGAGAGUUGCGGAGACACAAAGACAACUCCAUGAAGACUUACCAUGCUGGUGCAGUCUCUCGAUUUUUCUUCAGCUGUCCACAUCACUGCUGGCCUUUUGGCCGACCCAACUUCAAUGUUGUCCCAGACUUCCCUUCUUCCUCCCAUACACACCUCCCUUUCACCGUCACCCUUUCGCUCUACCCCUUACAAAUACUUCUCCAUUUCGCUUUGAGCUACCGAAUACGUGCACCUUUCAGUUCCCACAUUAUCACCAUUUCAUAAGUCUCGCACUUUUCCUUUCUUCUUUUUCAUGAUUAGGGGGUUCAACAGAUAUCUCUGAGAUAUGGAUCUUCAACUAGGUCUAGCUCUCCCAAUUAGUGACCACUCUGCCAAAGGGUCCGAGCCAAAAGAUCAUGAAGGCUUGUACAAGAAGUGGGCCAACAACAAAAGGUGUCAUGGAGAGGCAUUUGGACAAUACUCCUCAGGGAAAUCGCAGUCGUUGGCAUGGAGCGGCAGGCCAAACGAGGAAGACGACCCGAGUGCGAGGCGCAGCAAGUUUUAUUGUUCGCUGAACAAGUUUAGGUACAGUGAAGGAGCUGACGACAAUGAUCAGGUUGUGGGUUGGCCGCCCAUCCAGACCUGGAGGAAGAAGUUCAUGCACGGGCAGCGUCCACCACGCCGAGAUCUUUACAAGAUUGUCCGUCAGGCCUAACCUGAGCAGGUCAUGUAAGAGACAGCGGCCUAAGCGCUUCUCCUGGUCAUGGCCGAUCCCAUGAACAGCGUGUCGUUGAGCUUGAGAAGCCUCUCCCUCUCUAGUCGCGCCGAGGAUCGGACUCUAGCAGUGCUAAAUUAUGUCUCGAGUUUGAGCGUUUACAUAAUACGAUUUGCAGGACUCUUUAAAGCUGUACAAAUGUGGAAAUAAUUAAAGGAUGAAUUUUCUCCUUUGGAGUGAAGCCGCGGAAGUCUUCUUUUCUUCGAGGGACGCCGCUGCAGCUUUACGUAAAGAAAGAAGCUGAUGAAGGCCUGCACGUGAAGAAUGGUUAAUUGGUGGGGCCCAAGGUCAAACCUUUGACCUUGGGCACACACCCGUAUUUCACGCUUGGGCAUCUGCACGAAAAGCCAAAAAUAAGUGGGCCAAGUCAAGAAUUUGACUUUCAGGGCACACGUAUAAUUAUAAAAGGGCGGACAGCUCAGGGAGGUUUUCUUCUUAUGCGGCUGCUGCACCCGUACGAGAGAAGGAAGAAACCCUACCUACUUGAGCCGCAGGUCCUCCGCAGGAAGCUUAAAGAGAUACGCGAUUUUGUACAUACGCGAACAAGGCAUACGUAGAGUAUUGUAACUUGAGCUUGAACACGGAUUUUUUUGUGCCGUGAGUUGUUUAUUUAUAAAAAUUUGAGUUUUUUUGUUAAA